CCACUGUCGUACGUAAUCAGGCAGCAAGUGACCUGGGUUUCUCUUGUAUUCGUUACUUAUUUACUGCAAAAAUAUACAAUGGCUUGUGCUGGUAUAUUAUUUCACUCAUCUCGAUUGAUUAUUAGUCGUGGAUUACAGAAAGUUCAUCACAGACUUCAGGGGCGCCGAAUGAUUUCCUGCAUUGACCCAUCGAUUGGCCUCGCAGAUGAACAGAAGGAGUUUCAGAAGGUUGCAUUUGAUUUUGCAGCUGCUGAAAUGGCACCUAACAUGGCUGAGUGGGACCAGCAGGAAAUUUUCCCAGUGGAAACCAUGAGGAAAGCUGCCCAGCUGGGAUUUGGUGGCAUCUAUGUGCAGCCAGAUGUCGGAGGAUCGGGAUUGUCUCGACUUGAUACUUCUAUCAUCUUUGAAGCUUUGUCGACAGGUUGCACGAGCACUACUGCGUACAUUAGCAUUCACAAUAUGUGUGCAUGGAUGAUUGACAGAUUUGGGAGUGAAGAGCAGAGGCACAGGUAUUGUCCCAAACUGUGCACAAUGGAGAAGUUUGCUUCUUACUGCCUCACAGAACCAGGAAGUGGAAGUGAUGCAGCUUCCUUAUUAACGACAGCGAAGCGAGAUGGAGACCAUUAUGUCCUCAGUGGCUCUAAGGCCUUCAUAAGUGGUGGAGGCGAAGCUGAUGUAUAUGUUGUGAUGUGUAGGACUGGUGUUAAGGGGUCCAAAGGCAUCUCGUGUGUGGUGGUUGAGAAAGGGACACCUGGUCUGUCAUUUGGAAAGAAGGAAAAAAAGGUAGGAUGGAAUUCUCAGCCAACACGAGCUGUAGUUUUCGAGGACUGCGCUAUCCCAUUAACGAAUAGAAUUGGUGAAGAGGGACAAGGUUUUAAUAUUGCAAUGCAUGGACUUAACGGAGGCCGAAUUAACAUAGCUUCCUGUUCUUUAGGGGCAGCAUAUGCCUCCAUCCUCUUGGCACGGGACCAUCUCAAAGUUCGGAAGCAGUUUGGGGAGCCAUUGUCAAGCAGUCAGUAUCUGCAGUUUAAAUUAGCAGAAAUGGCGACAAAGCUGGUGGCGUCUCGUCUACUAAUCCGUAGCGCUGCUGUUGCACUCCAGCAGGGUCGAGAAGAUGCGGUGGCUUUGUGCUCCAUGGCCAAGCUCUUUGCUACAGAUGAAUGUUUUGCGAUCUGUAACCAAGCUCUGCAGAUGCAUGGUGGUUAUGGCUACCUGAAAGAUUAUGCUGUUCAGCAGUUCUUGCGGGAUAUCAGAGUCCAUCAGAUACUAGAAGGCACCAAUGAAGUGAUGAGGAUGCUAAUUUCGAGGAAUGUGUUACAAGAAUAAAAAUAUUUUGCCACCAUAAGAAUAAUGUAUCAGAAACCACAUGCUGGGUAUUAGUGUUUUUUGUGUUACAGAUCAUUUGCACUUAUAACUUCUGAAGCUGAGAUAAGAUAUCCAUUAGAUACAUUGUCAUGGACUUUUAUUUACCUUGAGACAUGGUUUGAAGUUUCCACUUCCUUCUUGAUUGAAGCCACCACUGUGGUUCAGCCUACUUUCCUCUGCUUUAUCGUGACUAUUAUGGGUAUAAAUCUCUGGGACGGAUGGUAUGGUGAGUGAUAUGCCAGGAUGAAAUACACUAGAUGUGUCACAAUGUACUGCUCCAACAACUGUAGUGCAAAGCAUAUUCAAAUUUCUUCGUGGUUGGUCAGUGAAAGGAAAAAAACAAAGGACACAAAACUGUCUUCUGUCCAAGGAGAAGCGUCAGUAACUGUUGGCUGUGAUCAUGAUGACUUAUUAGGAAGCAAGAGUAGAGAAACUGUUACACAAUAUGUGAGCAUCUGUGGUGGUGAACCACUGCACAUUCUGUGAGCGCUGUGAGAGAAAUAAAGAAAAAAAUGUCUCGACCAAGUCUGUACAAGACCCCUCCAGCCCUCCUGUAACUCUCUUUUGUCUUUAUUCCAUAUUGGAGAGCCGAAGGAAAGCUACAGUUCAAAAUCCAAGAGCUGGACUAAUGGAGCAAGCUAGAACUAACUAAAACUGUUCAUGUUAAAAAAAAAAAAAAGAGAUGGAGAUGAAUAAUUAAUAUAAUUAAUUAAAAAAUUGAAACUA